CGAAAUUCCCAGUCACGCGAUCACAGUGUCAAUUCGAGGACCGAGUAACGCAGAACCGCGAUGGAAGCCACCAAAGACGUCAAAAUCAGAGAUCCUCUCGUGUUAAACGAGAGGCUUCUUUCUCUAUCAGGAACUUGGCCAGUAAUGAAUAGGUAUAUACCAUUCGCCUUCAUGCUCGUCUAUGUUGCUCUGUUUCUGGUCAUGCAAUAUUGGGAUUUCUACGAGAGCCUCGACGAUGUCAAUUUAGCGGUUCAAAAUUUGUUGGAAUCUUUGGUAACGACUUCGUCCUAUCUAGUUCUUAUUCUAAUCAAACUAAACGCCAAGAAAUUGAAGGACGUGGUAGUCAAGAUGAAGAGAGAAAUCACGGACAAGAACACGUUCAAGGAUAACGUUGAAAAGCGUUUGUACUACGAGUACAAUAUUAUUUGCAAUCGUUUCGUUAAAUAUGCGACAAUAGCUACAUUCAUCACGAUGGUCCUGAUGUAUACUCAUCCUAUGAUACACUGGGUUUUGACAACUGUUAAAGGUAAUUCUACUCUUCAGUACGAACUACCCUUUCGAGCCCACAUCUUCUUUGACUACAAACAACCUCGAAUCUAUCCUCUGGUGUACAUAUAUCAACUUCCUUUAACGUACAUACCAAUGGUCCACGUCGCUGAAGUUAGUUUCGUAGUUAACUUGAUACUGCAUCUCUGCUCAAAACUAGCGAUAUUGUCCUAUCGUAUACGAAAUGUUCAAGUGCAACCAGUUCAAUCUUUCAAAAACGGCAUUAAAGAGUCCGUGAUUGCGCAUUUGGAGCUG